AUGUACGCCUUCGAUCUCCGGCAACGGCGCCAAAAACUUGUUGCCUUGCUAACCGUUAUGCAAGAGAUUUCUCUUUCAGGGGGAAGGUACCAGAACUGUUUGAGGGAGAUCCGCAACCAUGCUUCUGAUGUUGAGGAUAAGAAAAAGGGUAUUAAGAUUAGCAAGGAGGAUUGGGGCAAAUUGCAUUUACACAUUGCUUCAUACAACAACUUUCCUACUGCAGCUGGACUAGCAUCUUCUACUGCAGGCUUUGCCUGUCUUGAUUUCAUGGUGAAGAGGAAACAACCUUAUUUAGAAUUUCAUGAGAUGAGAAAUUCGCUCAGCGGCUCUGAG